GCUUUUUUAUUUAUCAAAUUGCUUUCUGUUAAACUCCGGAAUCGUUCUGCGUUUUUUGUUGGCCAACCAGAAGUAACCGUGCGGACCGAAAUGACAGCGUGACGCCUGAAAAAAAAGUGUCCCCAUGGAUGACUUGACUCAAGCUCUUUCGACCAGCUUUGCUGUGUCCAAGGAGCCCAAUAGCAUCUCCGCCCCCCAUCCGCGGCUCAGUCAGUACAAGAGCAAGUACAGUGUGCUGGAGCAGAGUGAGCGUCGCCGGCGCUUUCUAGACUUUCAAAAAAGUAAAAGGUUGAAUUAUGUCAACCACGCGCGGCGCUUGGCCAGCGGGGACUGGACCGGUGCGGACAGCGAUGGGGAGGAAGACAUGGAGAAACAGGAGGAAGGCGAGCAGAACCAGGGGGGCGAGACGGAAGAAGAGGGCAUGGAGAUCGAGAAGAGGAAGCUGCCAAAGCAUUAUGCAAAUCAGCUCAUGCUGUCUGAGUGGCUGGUGGACGUACCGUCAGAGUUGGACACAGACUGGCUGUUGGUGGUCUGUCCUGUCGGAAAGAGAUCUCUCAUCGUUGCUUCCAAGGGCUCCACUGCAGCGUACACCAAAAGCGGCUACUGUGUGAACCGCUUCCCCUCCCUGCUGCCGGGUGGGAACAGACACAACUCUGCUAUGGGAAAAGACUACACCAUCUUGGACUGCAUUUACAGCGAGGUGGACAGAACCUUCUACAUCCUGGAUGUCAUGUGCUGGAGAGGCCAUCCGGUCUACGACUGCCCGACGGAGUUCCGGUUCUUUUGGCUCCAGUCUAAAGUCCAGGAGACAGAGGGGAUGUCAGAGAUCGCCAAACGCAAUCCUUUCCGCUUCGUGAGUCUACAAAGUUCUGAAUGCACGCCGGCAUCCAUUCAAAAGGUUUUGGCUGCAGAAUACAGCUUCAGUGUGGAUGGGCUUCUCUUCUAUCAUCGACAGACUCACUACACGCCCGGCAGCACCCCUCUGGUUGGCUGGCUCCGCCCUUACAUGGUGGCGGACAUCCUGGGGAUGGCGGUUCCCGAAGGACCCCUCACCACCAAACCAGAAUACGCCAGCCAUCAGCUGCAACAGAUCCUGCAACACAAGAAACCCUCCAGCGAGGUCCGGCCUGCUGACCAAAGCGGAGGCUACGAGUUGGAGUACCUGUCCACUCCACGGCUGGACAGCGAGGACACUCUGGAGCUCACGGCUCAGAAACCGAGACGAGAAGCAACCAUGGAGGUCUAAACCAGAAGAGUAACGCCAUUCGCUGUUUGUGUGGAUCUGUUUAAAUGCAAAUUCUAACUCCAUGUAAAUGCGCUGCAUGCAUUUGUAUGUUGGGCUGUGUAGAUUAUGCAAACAAGCAACACAAUUUGGCCUUUGUUGUUGCAUAUGUCCCCAUGCACAUAGAGAGAUCUGAGGGUCAUAAAGGUCAUGAAGAUCAUCAGUGCUGUCAGUUCAUUGCAUAUAUAAUUUUCAGUUUUUAUCAAUUUCACUUCCACAAAGGUUUAUUUUAGCGGUUCCGGUAUCGGAUGAAGAGUUGGAGAAAAAGGACAAAGGGAGACGGUUGAUCAAUCUGUCUGUCAGUGACCACCAACAGAGAAACAGACUUUAACUACCUUAAGUAUCGCAUUUCAAAUUGUUUUUGUUUUUUUUAUGUUUUAAAGUUUCCUAAUAAAGGUUUUUUUUUCAAAUA